UGGCUGUUGUUGGCUGUGACUGGGGUGCUGUUGGGAGAGUGGGGCUCAGUUCAUCCAGGCAGAGGCCAGUGUUGCAGACAGGCAGGCAGCGGAGGGAGUGUUGCACUGCAGAGACGUGCCCAGGGUGGAUAAACUAUGCUCACUAAGAGGGAGAAAGACUCUGCCCGGGACGCAAAAUGAAGGUGGAGAGGAAGCUUUCCUCUACAGGCGACAGUUUUACUGACAUUCCUCCUUUGCUGUCACUCUCAGGCCUCUUGUUUCUUCUCCUACUCUUCAUUGGAGGGGUCUCAGGUGUGAACGUGACCAGCCAGACCCAAGUGGUGAGGGGCACGGUGGGCAGGGAGGCCCUCCUGUCAGUGAGUUAUUCCAGCGCCAGCUCCGACAAGCCUGUCAUCAAGUGGCAGCUCAAGAGGGACAAAGUGAAGCCUGUGACGGUGGUUCAGUCCAUCGGAACAGAGAUCAUAGGGAACCUGAGGCCUGAGUACCGCAAUCGCAUUGUGUUGUUUGAGAAUGGCUCUUUGCUGCUUCACAACCUGCAGCUUUCAGACGAAGGUGCAUACGAAGUGGAGAUCUCCAUCACAGAUGACACAUUCACAGGGGAGCACUACAUUGAGCUAACUGUAGACGUUCCUGUGUCUAAACCUUACAUCCAGAUGAUGGCAUCCUCUGUCCUGGAGUACACCGAGCACUUCAACUUGCACUGCUCCCACGACAACGGCACAAAACCCAUCUACAGCUGGAUGAAGGGAGGCAAGGUGCUGACCAACGACUCGCGCCUGCUGCUUUCGCCCGACCAAAAGGUGCUGACCAUCUUGCGCGUCCUGAUGUCAGAUGACGACGUCUACGCCUGCACGGUGGAGAACUCAAUCAGCAGCACCAAGAGCAUCCCUGUCAGACUCACAGUCUACAGAAGAAGCUCGCUAUACAUCAUCCUGUCCACUGGGGGCAUUUUCCUUCUAAUCACCCUGGUGACUGUGUGUGCCUGUUGGAAACCUUCCAAAAAAAAGCACAGACCUGUUCCUCAAAGCGCUCCGGUUUACAUGGACCAAAGUGAAAACGGGCAUGAUGUUGAUGUUGUACCCAAACCAACUACUCUGGGGAGAAGGAGUCCAAUGCCCCUGUAUGUUCUAAACGAGGAUGAGACGCUGGAGCGUCUGGAAGAAGAUUCUGGAACUGCUGUCCUCCAAUCAGAAAUACUAAGCCCUCCUACCUACGCUCCAGUGCUUCCCCCUGCCUCUAAACGGACUGAGCGGCCGAUCUGGUCUGCCCCACGGAGAUACCCCCGCAGCCCCUCUCCACUAGCACAACCUCUCCCACACCCACUUCCAGCUCCUCCUUUUUGCCCCAUCCGCUCCCCUGUUUGCUCCCCUGCUCACUCCCCAGGCUCAUCUCCACGCAGUUUCAGCCCAAUAAGAAAAAUCCGGCCUCCUGUAGGCAUCCCAACCAGUCACCUACCUGUGGAGCCAGAAUGUACAGAUGAGAAUGAUCAGACUCCAUCACAACACUGAUGCCUGCAUGUGCAGAUGUUAGUUUUCACCUUGUAAAACAUAUAGUCUGUUACUCUGAUGUGAGAAUAUGUGAAGCAGGAGGGUGAGAGGUUAGUUCACUUUCUGCCAGCUCCCCUUAUCCGUCACAUCUGUUUCUGUUCUGCACCGUUCUACUGUGUUGGGUUUGAUUAAGACCUUUUCAAGGGAAAAAAAAAUAAGUCUUUUCAACACAAUGUAGUAUUUUAUGAUUAUGAUAUUGCAUCAAUAGGCAAUUUACAGUUGGAUAUUAUGACACACCCCUGUAAAUAUGUAAGUUUAUAGAUUUAUGGUUAAAAACAAUUUGUUUCUGUUAAAUAAUUAAACCACACUUUAUUUUUUACCCCAAAGUAGAGUCACUGUUAAACUCAAAAUAAUAAAAAUGUAUGUAUCUGGGUAUGUAUUUUUGUAACAAUAAAAUCACAGAUGUUUA